AUGAGCCAAACCGCGAUUGAAUUGCGUCAAGAAACAGACCUUGCAGAGGGCGAUAUCUCCUCAGAGGUCGAAGGUCUUGGCCUUGACCCCACAGGUACUCAUCAAGUCUUGGCUCUGCCACCCGUAGAUGGCGGGAAAGAUGCCUGGUUAUUCUUGGCUGCUGCGUUCAUGGUCGAGGCUCUAACAUGGGGCUUCCCAUUUGCUUUUGGUGUUUUCCAGGACUACUACAGCACCAAUGCACCCUUUGAGGGGUCAUCAGCCAUUGCUGUGAUUGGUACCUGUGCAAUGGGGAUAAUGUAUCUUGGCCUCCCCUUCUUCUUGAGCAUCCACCGCCUCUAUCCAAAGCAAACCCGCUGGUCCCCCAUCAUCGGCCUGUUCAUCAUGUGCACCGCCUUGGCACUGAGUUCGUUCUCCCAGAACACCACCCAUCUCAUCCUAACGCAAGGAGUCCUGUAUGCCAUCGGCGGAGGCAUCUCCUACUGUCCAUGCAUCCUAUACCUGGACGAGUGGUUCGUGAAGCGCAAAGGCCUUGCAUACGGAAUCAUGUGGUCCGGGACUGGUCUAGCCGGCUUCGCCCUGCCGCUCAUCUUUGAGAAGUUCCUCCACGAAUAUGGCUUCCGCACCACGUUGAGAAUAUGGUCGCUGUCUUUGUUUGUGCUGACUCUACCCCUGGCCUACUUCAUCAAGCCGCGUCUUCCACGGUCCACGACCAGACACGUCAGUCCGUUCAACCUGGGCUUUACGCUGCGACGGAAAUUCAUGCUCCAUCAGCUUGCCAACAUUGCUCAGGCGCUGGGCUUCUUCCUUCCGGGGAUUUAUCUCCCGUCGUAUGCCCGUACUGCGCUUGGAGCUGGGACGUUUGCUUCAGCCCUCACGGUCCUGCUGAUCAACGUGGCUUCCGUGUUUGGCUGUGUGGCUAUGGGCGGUCUCGUGGAUCGUUUGCAUGUUACAGACUGUUUUAUGAUCUCUGCAACGGGAACGACGCUCAGCAUAUUCUUCCUCUGGGGAUUCUCGACGAAUCUGCCCGUGUUGUAUUUCUUCUGCAUCAUUUACGGCGUCUUUGCUGGCUCAUACACGUCUGCUUGGCCUGGUAUCAUGCACAUGGUAUCUUCCGUUCCCGCCAACGGUCGAAGCACCGGCGGAGCAUCUUUUGAUCCGGUAAUGGUACUCGGAAUAUUAAGCGCGGGCCGAGGCAUCGGAAACAUCGUAUCUGGACCAUUGAGCGGAGCAUUGCUCAAGGGAAUGCCGUGGCAGGGUCAAGCUGCUGGUGGGUACGGAACGGGAUAUGGAACUUUGAUCGUGUUUACAGGUGCCACAGCAGUUGCCAGCGGCGCGACCUUCGUAUUCAGACGAGUUGGAUGGAUGUAA